AUGCUUCAAUCCCGCAUACGACCCGCCCCACGGCCUCCCGCCAGCAACACCUCCACGCCAUCCCCCGAGGAAGAAGAGCCCGAAGAUGUCUUCGGCGCCUUCCUCCCCCACCUCUUCCCCGACGACGCCCCUCCCUUCCACGGCGAACCAGGCCAGCACCUCCUCUAUGCGUCACCGGGCUAUGGCGAUCUCGACAUCAUGGUGCCCACGUACCCGGGCCAGAGCGAGAACCGGAUGGAGGAGAUCGCGAGGGGACUGGACCAGCAGGAGGAUGGCGUGAAUCAUAACCCCGUCGAGGAGGGACGGAAGCUGUUUGCGCAUUUCGUGUGGAACGCGGGCUUGGUGGUUGCUGAGGGGGUGGAGGAUGCGGCUGCCGGUAAGCCGGAGGCCCAGAUGUGGAAUGUUGAUGGGGAGACGGUGUUGGAGCUGGGUGCUGGUGCCGCUCUCCCCUCACUCAUCAGUGCUCUAUCCAAUGCCUCCACCAUCACCGUCACAGAUCACCCCUCCUCGCCAUCCCUAUCCGGCGCAAUCGCCUUUAAUAUGACCCACAAUCUCCAAAACAAAAGCGCAAGCUUAAGCAACAUCGCAAUAGUCCCCCACGAAUGGGGCAUCCUAUCAGAUCCCUUCUCUCUCGCAAACAAGGCCCACUUCACCCGCAUCAUCGCCGCAGACUGCUACUGGAUGCGCUCGCAGCACGAGAACCUCGCGCGCUCGAUGCUAUGGUUCCUUGCACCGGGCGGCUGCGUCUGGGUUGUCGCGAACUUCCAUACGGGCCGAGAUGUCGUUGCGGCAUUCUUUGAGACCGCUGUUAGUCUGGGGUUAGAGGUGGAGCGCAUUUAUGAGCGGGAUUGCAUCGUGAGGAAGGACGAUGGGGCGGAGGUGAGGAGGGAGUGGGUUCCAAAGAGGGAGGGGGAGGGGCCGGGAACGAGGAGAAGGUGGUGUGUUAUUGCUGUGUUGAGGAAGAAAUUAUAA